AUGCGUCAGGACACAGCACACCAACAAAAAAUUCUCAAUAUCUUUCAGUCUACGUUCAGUUCCGUCCUGUUGUCCUCGGGCUUCAACACCCUGCUUCAGGAAGUCAAGUCUGCCCUCUUCAGUCGUGACUUUGAGAAGGCCUUUGGUAAGGAGGACUACCUGGAGGCAUACGCUGCGCGAUGGAGCCCCACGAGAGCACUGUGCUAUGCUGCCGUCCUGGACGGGAUCAGAUCACACCUAGAGCAGCUCUGCGGCAGGCAGCCUCAGCAGGAUGAGGACGGCGAGGGCGGUGACGAGAGAGCCAGGGCGGUGCUCAGGGUGCUGGCGAUAGGAGGAGCAGCGGCAGAACUUGCGUCAGUCGCAUCGCACCUAAGCCGCCAGCCUCCAGAAACAGCUGGGUCGAUAAGUCUACUCGAUGUCGCCUCCUGGGCAGGCGUCGUCGACAAGCUUCAGACCGGGCUGACAACACCGCCAAAGUUAUCCAAGUAUGCCAGCGCAGCGGCCCAGGCAGCAAAUACGGCGUUUGUGACGCCCUCUAGGCUACAAGAUGUGGAUUUCAAACAACAUGACGUCCUCGCCCUUAGUAGAGAGGAUUUGUCCAUUCUCAUCUCACCCGAUUCCUCCUCCUCCUCCUCCUCCUCCUCAUCCCAGUCAAAGCCCGUACUAGUCACGCUCCUCUUCACCCUCAACGAGCUCUUCACAGCAGCCGGCAUUGGCAAGACAACCACAUUCCUCCUCACCCUAACCUCCGUCCUACCUGCCGGGUCUCUUCUCCUCGUCGUCGACAGCCCCGGGAGCUACUCCGAGACGACGGUCGGCAAGGAGGCAAAGCGCUACCCGAUGCAGUGGUUGCUCGACAGGGUACUUCUGGGCGCGGAACAAGAUGGGGAGGAGGAGGAAGAGGCGGCGGGCUGGGAGAAGAUCGAGGCCAAGGACUCUGUGUGGUUCAGAUUGGCGCCGGAGCUGAGGUAUCCGAUCGCGUUAGAGGAUAUGAGGUAUCAGAUGCAUUUGUAUCGCCGGGUCAUUGGGAACGGGAAGAUAGACGGCUGA